AUGACAGACCAUGCUGCGAAGGAUUACGGCGUGCAGCAGCGUGAGACGGCUGCACUCUGGAAAGGGUGCGGAGAGCAGGAUGUGGAGAAGAGGUGUGAAAGAGAGGGCGGAAGGCUCGCCGCGGCGCUGGCAAGACGGCGUCCGGCGGCUAGCGCAAAGGCGCGUCUCCGCACCGCGCCGCGCACUUGACUGCAGCCACGCGCAGCCGCACCCCCGCAACGUCCGUUCCGCCAUCUCGCAUCUUGCUGCACCCCGGACAACGCUGCGCUCCAACAGCGAUGCAGCAGCAAGGCGGUGCUCUCUCCAUUCGCCGCAGCGCCUGCCGGCGGCCGCUACGCGCACAGGUGCGCGGCAGCAGACAAGGCCAUGUCUCGCGCAAGCUCAGCGCGGGUCCGUGCAGCAUCGACGUUGCUUGGCGCCGCCGCCGGCCGGAGCCCGCGUGCGGCGACGCUAGCGUUGGAGGACCUGCUCGACCAUACCCAGCAGAGGCUCCUGAGCAUCGCACGUCGCUGAGCAUCGCCAGCACCAGCAUCCCUCACCCGCUGCCCGCAGGAGAGCUGCGCUGGUCUUCCUCAGCGCUAGUCGAGUCGACGCCGCGAGCGUGCGCGGAGCACUCAUGCAUCAUCUUGCACCACUCGUCUGUCGUCACUUCCCGCUGCUCUUCGCCGACUCCGCAGGUACAGUGCAGAAGGGCGAGAAUGUCGGUCGGAGCCCGUUGGCCAAGCGCCACAGCAAGCGGCAUUGCGGCGGCGCACUAACCUGAUGGAGAGGGGCGCCGCGCUCGUGCCGCACAUGCAGGCGCUGGCCGUCGACUCGUCGUCCUCGUCGUCCUCAUCGGCCCGUCCCGCUGGACACACCAUGCUCGCAGACUCAUCGACACGAUAUUGCAGCCGUCGGCAUUGCACGCA